CCUUAAACUUUGUGAAUGAUUGAUCCGAAUUUAGUCAUACGUCAAUACUAUUACCAAAGUUUUAUUUGUUUUAUUUAUGCAUCCUCAUUCAUAUCAUCACUAAUUUCCUCAUGGAAUCAACACGAGUACAGGAAUGUAUUUUAGUAUUUUUCGUUCCAGCAGAUCAUUCCUCCAUGUAACGCUACCGAGCACUUAGGCACCCAUUUUUACCACCGGUCAAAUUUACAGCAUUUGAACGUAAUAUACAGGGCGGUUAAGGGCAAAUACACCUAAUGAAGUAGUUCUGGAUAUAACUCAAAUAUAGUGGAUUGAUGAUAACAUAGAAAUUUACAAUUAAAUUGGAUUUAUACUUAAAAUUUAAAGAUGAACAAACCUUGUGCAAAGUGUAAUAAAACGGUUUAUCCAACAGAAAAAGUCAACUGUUUAGACAAGAUAUGGCACAAAGCGUGCUUCAAAUGCGAUGUCUGUGGACUUACUCUAAACAUGAAGAACUACAAAGGAUACAAAAAGAUUCCUUAUUGUUCAGCUCAUUACCCAACCACAAAGUUCACAGCUGUAGCAGAUACUCCAGAAAAUAUGAGAAUCGCAGCUAAUACCCAGAAUCAGAGUCAGGUGAAGUACCACGCUAAGUUUGAAGGGGAAAAGGGCAAAUAUACUUCAGUUGCAGAUGAUCCAGAGACUAGACGUAUACGCCAGAAUACUGAACAGAUCAGUUCGAUCAAGUACCAUGCACAGUUUGAAAAGGACAUCAAAGGCAAGAAGAUAGAGGUUGCAGAUGAUCCUGAGACUCUGAGAAUAAGGGCUAACAUGAAAAACAUCAGUCAAGUUUCGUACCACAAUGUCAUUCAAGAUAAAGCCAAACAGGAGGCGAAUAGGCCAGUUGAAGGAGAGCAGGGAAAAGGCGCAAGGAAACAAUCCGGACCAGGACAUGUUGCAGCUAAGGCUGCAAUGGUGACAGCUGAGAUAGAAGCCCAAGCAAAGGAAGCGAACUACAAACGCCAGCCUGGAUCUAUUAAUGAUUACGACCCAAUGGCCCAACAACAACAACAGCCGCAACAACAACAACAACAGCCAGGGGGAGGGGGAGGGGAGCCACAGCAUCCCACAUUCUCAAAACCUGAAGUGUCUAUAGAUGGAGGACGAAGACCUAGUGCACCUAGGUGGGAACCACCCCCAGUAAUUGACCCAACCCAGCGUUCUCAGAGAAAAGUGGGCUCCAUUCAUGACUAUGACCCACUGAAUGACAAGUAUGGUUCAAUAGUAGGCGCUGGUGGUGCCAGUCCUGCUAGGCCAGCUGAGAAUAAAGAUCGUUAUUCUGCGGGCAACCUGGAGGAAGAGAGCUACCCAGCACCUUCUCGAGGUCCUCCCCAAGCGUACUACCCAGCUGCUCAGCCUGAACCACCCCAACCUGCACCCCCACAACCUGCACCCCCACAACCUUCCUACCAACUGCAGCAAGAGGCAUCACAACUAGCCUAUCCGGAUCCUACCCAGAACCGAUAUCAACCUCCCUCAACACAACCCCAGUUUGAUCCUAACCCAACACCCUAUCAGCCACCCCAACAAGAAUACAACCCCCCACCCCCACAAGCUUAUGUCCCAGUUCCAGAACCGGCUCCUCCUGCACCAGCUCCUACAGUAGGGGGUCCACGAUACAAAGCUGUGUACGAUUACACCGCAGCGGAUGAUGAUGAAGUCAGCUUUAAUGAAGAUGACAUUAUCAUCAACUCUGAAGCUAUUGAUGAGGGCUGGAUGACUGGUACUGUAGAGAGAACAGGCCAACAUGGAAUGCUGCCUUCAAACUAUGUAGAGUUAAUCAUCUGAAGUGAAUAAAUAUACAGGAGUUAAUAUUGUGUAAAAUCUGAUAGGUGGAAAUAUAUAUGUAGUCUUUAUUACACGGAACUGAAGAGUUGAUGAAAUGUCUUUUAUAUCUCAAGUUGCAUAAUCUUUAAAGACUUUGUUUAGAUUCAGAAAUAAAUGUGACUGAAGUGAUAAAAAGUAAUACUUCAGGAUUGAAUUUUUGGUGUUUCAAGUAAGUUUUUCAGGUAAUGGUUUUUAUUUGCAAAACUAAUUCAUAUAAAUACAAUACACUAGUUGUGGAGGCCCUAAAUUGAAAACAUUGGCCCCUCUUGAGAAUUAUUCCAAAGAAUGACUGACAACGAUGAACCUGGUCUCCAGGUCUGUAAUGAUAUAUAAGCAGCUUGCUAUAUUCGUAAGAACAGUAUUUGGUGUAAAAUAGUGUAAAGUAAUUGUAAAUGGUUAAUGGUGGGUCCUUUAGAUGUUUUGCAGUUAGCUUUAUAUAAUUAUAGAACCUAAACCGUUCCAAUAUUUAGUACACUCUCUUGAUCAACUUAUUUCAUGUACAUGUACAUUAUUUACUUGAAACAAUAUUCAACAAUUAUGAAUAAAAAAACUACACUUGUAGCAAUUAUGAUAGUUCUUGCUCCUUGUGGUAGUACUUGUAACUAUGAUGAUAGUACUUGUAACUAUUAUACUUGUACUUGUAACUUAUAUAUUAUGUUCAUUUAACUAAGUAUUAAAAUACUUGUAAGUAUAUGCAAUGAAAUACUGUACAUACAUAGGUUGUAAUGGUAAAGGUUGAUUGAAUAUUGUUCAGUAACACUGAUAUAUAUAUAGAUUUGUAUAAAUGUAGUUCUAUGCAUGAAUGUAUGGAUAUAUGUAGCUUUAAAUUUAGCAAUGGAAGUCUAACUAUGUGCUCAACAUUUGAUAUUGAUGCUUUCGCGGACAAUUAGCGUAGAUGCUAGUUUUAAGAGUGUAACUUUUUACAAGUCAUUAAAAGUAACUUAUUUAAUAAUUUGAUUGAAUUUGAGGUAUAUUUAGCGUGUGUGUAUUAGUGUUAUGGUGCUAUUUUCAAUUUAAUGGUUCAGAUGCUUUGUAUGAUUGUAUUCUGAUGAGAACCAGGUUGAAUAAACCUGUGCACCCUUUGUAUUUCAAUUGAUAAUAUUAAUUCACACAUAGCAUGCAUUAUCAUGUUCUGACCAAUCAGAAUGCGGUAUAACCAUGAGUUAUCCGUAAUGAUAAUGCAUGAUUUUCAUACCUUGGUGUCUUUAUCCAUACAGGAAGAUACACUCUGUUUCAACAUAUGUACAAAACCUACCCACUAUAUAAAUAAUGUUUUAAGUGAAUGCCAGCUGAAACACCCGCCCUCUGGGCUCUUGUUUAAAUGCUUGCAUAAAACGAACUCUGAGCUUUAUUCCACCUAUAAUGGCUAGGUUCUCAAUCCUUUACUAACUGGCUAAAGCUUUGGUGUAUUUUGUUCCUCUUAAUCUGAUAUAUAUUUAAUGCACUGUCUAUACACUGUAUACAACUUGUACAUACAGGUCAGAGAGAAUGUGAUUUUCAUGCGCUGUAAAAUGUUCUAAUUUGUUAAUUUCUUCUAAAUUAUAUUUUGAUAUUUAAUCUAACCCAGAGACGAUAGCUUCCAAAUAAGGAAACUCUCUAUUCAUGAUUAUAUCUGGAAUUAAAGAUAUUAUGUUUUCAAGAGACUUGAAUUACGUAUUUGUAUAUGGCACUGACUUAUAUCCAUAUAACCUUCAAUUUGUAACUAUUAAAGAUCCCAAUUAUUUUGGAAAUUUUAAUGUUGGGAUAUAUAUUUUGGAAAUGAGUCUUGUUGUUGUAUCUAUUUUGAGUCUCAAACUGUCAAGAAACAUUUAAUUUUUGUCUUAGCACUCUAUGGGAAAGUUUUAGUUUUGAAUACAGUUGAAAUAAAAUGUGGAAGAUCCAAUAUGAGUAA